AUGCCUCCUCGGAAAAGGCAAGCCGAGCCUCCCUCCACCGCGCCCGUCGCCAAGCGCCGGUCGGCGCGUCAGGCUGCUGCGCAGCAACAACAGCCCUCGGAGCCUGUGCCCAAGGAAUCUGGCGCGGCGAAAGUAGCAAGCGCGCGCAAGGGGAAGAAGCAGCAGAAGGAGGGAAAAGUGGAUGAUAGCGACGCCGAAGUAGAGCGGGAGGAGCCACAGGCGCGACGCGUCAAGGAGAAAAGGAAGAUGGGGAAGGCCAACGCGUCGGCGGUGAAGCAGGCGGGCAAAGCCAAGGACGCUGACGAAGAAGACUCCAAGAAGGCGAAGCCUGCGAAGGCAAAGGGUGCGAAACCGAGUGGGGAGAGCGGCGCCGGCCGUGGUGAAGCGUCGGGCAGAGCAGUGUCAGAGGAUCCGGAUCCGGAUUCGUUGCCGACGCGGAACUCGGAGGUGGAGCGCCACGAGGGAGAGUGGUAUUGGCUGAUGAAGGCGGAGCCGGAGUCGAGGUUUGAGAAUGGGAUUGAUGUGAGGUUUUCGAUUGAUGAUUUGAGGGCGAGGGAGAAGCCGGAGCCUUGGGAUGGAAUUCGCAACUACGGUGCUAGGAAUAACAUGCGAGCCAUGAAUGCCGGCGACAAGUCCUUCUUCUACCACUCGAACUGCAAGGAGCCCGGUAUCGUUGGCAUCAUGGAGAUAGUCAAGGAAUACUCUGAAGACAAGAGCGCCCGACGUCCGGGAACACCAUACUACGACCCAUCCGCCACCAAGGACAAGAACAAAUGGGGCCUCGUCCACGUCAAAUUCGUCAAGAAGUUCGCCGUACCUAUCACGCUCAAGGAGCUAAAGGAGAUGGGUCAGGCCGGGAAGCCGCUGGAGGCGAUGCAGAUGAUCAAGCAGUCGAGGCUUAGCGUGAGUAAAGUUGGUAAGGAGGAGUGGGAGUAUUUGUGUGGAGUGGCGGAUAGGAAGGCGGAGGAAGCUGGGUUGGAGCAUGAGGUGGAUUGA